AUCACAACUACGGUCCUUUCACUGGGGAUCUCUUUUCUCCAAUCUCGCCGUUGCAAAAACUUGCAUUUUUUUGUUGAAAAUGAACAACUCCAGAAGGUUCUUGUUCCAGGUGUGUUUGAGUUUGGUACUUUCCAUGGGCUAUUGCACCUGCAAGCCGUUGGGGAAUGAAAUCCACAGCGAAGAUGACCUAAGGGGAUUUUACUCCACGCAGGAGGAUCUCCUGGAGGAGGAAGACGAGGACUCGAGGAUGGCAAACCUCCUCGGAACCAUGAAAGAAGACUUCCUUAGGAAACUCAACCUUUCUGAUGUACCUCAGGAAAAGGGGAAAAUUGAUCCACCUCAAUUCAUGAUGGAACUCUACAAUAAGUACGCAUCCGAUAGCACGGCCAUCCCUCAGUCAGAUGUCAUACGCAGUUUCAGCGUCCAAGAUAUCACACAUUCUGUGACUGAUGGCUCAAAGUCAAGAAACAGGCUGCUGUUCAACAUCAGCAUACCCAGCCAUGAAAAGGUCAUCAAAGUUGAAUUACAACUCUUCCUCCUCCCAGAUGCCGCGUCGAGGGUGACCUCCCACACUUGCACAACCUUCAUCAAUGUAUACGAAAUGGAUUACGAUCAUUUGGAUUCCACCAAUCGGCUUUUAGCUUGGAAAGAGUUAACAGGUUCUCAGAACACAUGGGUGACAAUGGACGUCACCACAGCCGUCCAGGAUAGAGUUGUGUCUAACAAUGGAAUUACUGGAUUUGAUGUCGUGGUGGAUGGGAGGGACACGCGCAUGAGCCUUUCUGUUGGAGAUAACACCUCAGCUGCUUUAAUCGUCUUCUCCGACGAAAUCGGGAGCAGAAGGCGAGAGGCCAAGAAAGAACUCCAGGAGAUGAUACUUCACGAAGAAGAAAGCAUCUUCCGUUUGGAGACCGACUGGAACACAGAGGAUCAUCUCGCCAACCAAAUUCCUGGAGCUCAGUAUCAUCGGAAAAAGAGAAAGGCGGAGCGGGAAUACUGCAGACGGACCUCUCUCAAGGUUAAUUUCAGAGACAUCGGCUGGGACAGCUGGAUCGUGGCACCUCCGGAAUAUGAUGCGUUUGAAUGUCGCGGGUUGUGCUACCACCCACUGACAGACGAAUCCACGCCAUCCAAGCAUGCCCUCAUCCAAACACUGAUGAAUAUCCGGAACCCCAAGAAGGCCAACAUGGCGUGCUGCGUCCCCAUCAAACUGGACCCCAUCACUGUCAUGUAUCAGGAAAAUGGACGGGUCACUAUCAGAUAUUUGUAUGAGGAGAUGAAGGUAGCGGAGUGUGGAUGCAGGUAGUCAGAAAGAACACGAAUAAUUAUUUGCCAUCAUUAAAACUGUAUUUAAGUUGUCCUGUUAUUUUAUGACAAAAUGUAAAUCUGUACAUUUGUAAUUUCAACAUGUUGUUUCCUACUACAGUAGAAUAAUAUACAGAAUGUGCUAAGUAGACAAUAAGCAAUUGCUGAUUUUAUGGGCCAAACGCCUAUUGCUUUAUAUGAGUGCUGUCACAAGCAUGCGCGCUCACAAGGUGGCAGUCGUGAGUAAAAA